AUGGCUCCAAAUGCAGACUCAGUGACAGCAAAGUCGCAUGAACCGCCGCAGCGUACAAUAGUUUUCGAGGCAUUUCCAUCGCCCAUUUCAAUGGAGAAUCGCUUUUCAAACUCAAAUUCAAGUCACUAUUUGUACGACAAAAGAAAAGCAUUUCGAGAUGGUUCCUAUGAUAACUGCGUUUACACUCCGGAAUACUUCGACACUAUCUGUAACUGCGAUGACUGUUCUUCAAUUAAUGAAACAACAAUCUCAAACAGUUUAUUACCACGGUAA